AGUGUAUAUUUUUAACUUGACUCUUUUACAGAUAUUGAAGGUCACAGAAUAACUUCCCCUUCUCUUUCAGAUACAGCUCAGCCCUUUCUGGAAUGAGAUAUUAUCCCAAACCACUCAGUCUGCAACAUUCUCUCCUUCCUCUCUCUGUCAUCUCUGUGAGCCAUUAACCUGACCAUCAGUGUGCCCCUCUUCGUUAUCUCUAUUAAAACCUCUCUCCUGGAUUUUCAUCCAACUGGCAUGAGUGUCUUGAGUUCUUAGAAUUAUAGUCAUGUUUCAUCACACACACACACACACACACACACCCUUAUACAAUGUGGUAAGACAGAACAAAUGAAUAUUUCUUGAUUGGAUGCAGUAAGAUUGUAACUUUUAUUUUAACUUUGUAAACUGGUUCCAAGACUAUAAAAAGUGAUUUCCGUUAUGGGGUUGACAAAUAUAGGAGUCCAUUAAAUCAGUGUUUCUCAUGGACAAUCCAGCAUCAGAAACCCAAGGGUUUCUGGUUUGGUGGGCUGCAGUUGGGCCCAGGAGAAUCCGUAUGUGUCCUGGGUGACUUUCUGCCCACUAGAGUUUGAAAACCACAGCUUAAAGUUUUUAAUGAGUGCACCCUGUGAAAUCAAAGCAUACAUGACUGUCUAACAUUCGCUCAAGGCAAAUAUGUCCAGUGCAGAAACAUCCUAACAGUGCACCGAUGAAUAAUUAUAUCAUGUUAUUUUUUCUUGCAGAUUUCUAACCAGCAUAAUGCUGGAGCCAGAGGCUGACAGCCUGCAGUUUUCAUCAUGGCCGAAUUGGAGGCCGAUUUGGAUCACAUCAUUCCAUCUUCGGUUCCUCCUUUUUGGGCUAAGUUAGUAGUGGGGUUUGUGUCCCUCGUGUGUUUUGCACGUAGCUAUGAUGGAGAUUUUGUCUUUGAUGACUCUGAAGCUAUUGUUAACAAUAAGGACCUCCGAGCAGAAACACCCCUUGGGGACCUGUGGCAUCAUGACUUCUGGGGCAGUAGGCUGAGCAGCAACACCAGCCACAAGUCCUACCGACCUCUCACCGUCCUGACUUUCAGGAUUAACUACUAUUUGUCCGGAGGCUUCCACCCGAUGAGUUUCCACGUGGUCAAUAUCCUCCUGCACAGUGGCAUCUCUGUCCUCAUGGUGGAUGUCUUCUCGGUGCUCUUUGGUGGCCUGCAGUACAGCAGUAAAGGCCGGAGGUUAAACCUGGCCCCCAGAUCGUCCCUGCUGGCUGCCCUGCUGUUUGCUGUGCAUCCAGUGCACACCGAGUGUGUUGCUGGUGUUGUUGGGCGUGCAGACCUCCUGGGUGCCCUGUUCUUUCUGCUAUCCUUCCUGGGCUACUGUAAAGCAUUUAGAGAAAGUAACAAGGAAGGAACACAUUCUACAUUCUGGGUGUUGCUGAGUAUCCUUCUGGGAGCUGUGGCCAUGCUGUGCAAAGAGCAAGGGAUCACUGUGCUGGGUUUAAAUGCAGUCUUUGACAUCUUGGUGAUAGGCAAAUUAAAUGUUCUGGAAAUUGUCCAGAAGGUACUACAUAAGGACAAGUCAUUAGAGAACAUUGCUGUGCUCAGAAAUGGGGGCCUCCUCUUUAGAAUGACCCUCCUGGCCUUGGGGGGAGCAGGGGUGCUGUACGUGCGCUGGAAAAUCAUGGGCACCGGCCCGCCGCCAUUCACCGAGGUGGACAACCCCGCCUCCUUUGCCGACAGCAUGUUGGUCAGGGCCAUAAACUAUAAUUACUACUAUUCAUUGAAUGCCUGGCUGCUGCUGUGCCCCUGGUGGCUGUGUUUUGAUUGGUCAAUGGGCUGCAUCCCCCUCAUUAAGUCCGUUGGUGACUGGAGGGUAAUUGCACUUGCAGCACUCUGGUUCUGCCUAAUUGGCCUAAUAUGCCAAGCCCUCUGCUCUGAAGACAGUCACAGGAGAAGGAUCCUUACGCUGGGCCUGGGAUUCUUCAUUAUCCCAUUUCUUCCUGCAAGUAAUUUGUUCUUCCGAGUGGGCUUUGUGGUGGCCGAGAGAGUCCUCUACCUCCCCAGCGCUGGGUACUGCAUGCUGCUGACGUUCGGAUUUGGAGCUCUCAGUAGACACGUGAAGAGAAAGAAACUAAUCGCCGCUCUGGUACUGGGAAUCCUGUUCAUAAACACUCUGAGAUGCAUAAUUCGCAGCGGCGAGUGGCGGAGUGAAGAACAGCUUUUUAGAAGCGCCCUGUCUGUGUGCCCUCUCAAUGCUAAGGUUCACUACAAUGUUGGCAAAAACCUGGCUGAUAAAGGCAACCAAACAGCUGCCAUCAGAUAUUACCGGGAAGCUGUGAGAUUAAAUCCCAAGUAUGUUCAUGCCAUGAAUAAUCUUGGAAAUAUUUUAAAAGAAAGGAAUGAGCUACAGGAAGCAGAGGAGCUGCUGUCUUUGGCUGUACAAAUUCAGCCAGACUUUGCUGCGGCGUGGAUGAAUUUAGGCAUAGUGCAGAACAGCCUGAAACGGUUCGAAGCUGCCGAGCAGAGUUACCGGACAGCAAUCAAACACAGGAGGAAAUACCCAGACUGUUACUACAACCUCGGGCGUUUGUAUGCAGAUCUAAAUCGUCAUGUGGAUGCAUUGAAUGCGUGGAGAAAUGCUACUGUGCUGAAGCCAGAGCACAGCCUGGCUUGGAACAACAUGAUCAUACUCCUUGAUAACACAGGUAAUUUAGCCCAAGCUGAAGCAGUUGGAAGAGAGGCACUGGAAUUAAUACCUAAUGAUCACUCUCUGAUGUUCUCGUUGGCAAAUGUGCUGGGAAAGUCCCAGAAAUACAAGGAAUCUGAAGCGUUAUUCCUCAAAGCAAUUAAAGCUCAUCCAAAUACUGCAAGUUACCAUGGCAAUUUGGCUGUGCUUUAUCAUCGUUGGGGACACCUAGACUUGGCCAAAAAACACUAUGAAAUCUCUCUGCAUCUUGACCCCACUGCGCCAGGAACGAAGGAGAAUUAUGGUCUCCUAAGACGAAAGCUGGAACAAAUGCAAAAGAAAGACGUCUGAUCCUUCCGGUUUUUGUGCCUGUGUAUGCAUGAGGCAUAUCACCAAUGUUAUGUGGUUAUGUUUAAACAUUUAAAAGUCUUACAUGUUUAUUUUAUUCUGUUUUUUUUCCUAUGAAAACAAAGACAUGCAAAAAGAUUACAGCACCAGCAAUAUACUCUUGAAUGCGUGAUGUGGUUUUUGCAUUGAAGUUGUAUUUUUUCAGACCACUCAAGUAUAAAUUCCAAAAUUCCCAGAAUAAGAAGUCUUUUUUAAUUAAAAAGAAAAAGAAAAAAAUUAUCUCGAGCAACUUACAGUAGAAUUAACCCUGCAUUUGGGAUGUGAGCCGUGCUGUGUAGACUAGCACUAUUAAACAUCAACUGUGAACAAGAAAUGAUAAACUGACUCCUACGAUUUAUAUAAAUUUUGAAUGUGUCUGUAUAUUAGAUUUUUUAUUUAAUGACAACAAAGAGUAAGUUAAGAUUUUUGGUUUUUCUAAAUCUUUUUUUAAAUAAUAGACUGUGAACUUCAUUUGUAAGGAAAUAUAUUUAUUUGUAUUUUUAUGUUUGGAACAGGGGAAAUAAUUGAAUGAAGAAUGGAAAUGUUAACAUCUAGUAUAUUUAUAUACUUUUCCCCCAUAGGAAGAAGUUCACUCCUGCAAUAUUGUUUGGAUUCUCCAACUUAUGUAGUUUCAUAACAUAGAAAAUUAUGUCACUUUCUACGUGAAUUGUUACUAUUAAUAGAAAAUGCAAGCUAUGUUUAGGCAAAAGCAAGCAGCCUCAUGUCUUUAUUUGUUAUAUCCAGUAUUGAGAGGGCUACACAUCUAUGAAAGUUGCUUUUUAGUGCUUUUAACUGUAAAGCAGUUUACCAUCUGGCUUAAUGGAACCAGUCAUCACUAUAUCCAGAAAAUGCAAGACGUAUAUUUUCUCUCAAAAGAAACCACAUUUGGGGAGUUUGUGUAUUUUUAAGAAUUGGAUUAUUUUUUCUACUUAUUUGAUCAGAAUCAUCAUGUUUCAUUCUUCUAUAUACGUUGUUGACCUAAUGAUUUAUGCAAUCUCUAUGAUUUCUUAUGCAGUAAAAUUCUAUAUAAACCGAUA